GCGCCGGAGUGUAAACAAAAAUAGAAUCAACCAUGAGGCUAAAGGCAGAGACCAUUCGCAAGCGGUCUAAAGUUCCCCUUCAUGUGGCUAAGUUUUUGGAUCUCUCAGGCCUAGAACUCGUCAAGCUAGAUCAUCUGGAGCAGUGUGAGAACCUUCACUGGCUUAAAGCGCGGAACAACAAGUUAGAAUCAGAUGAAGGCUUGGAAAAUCUCAAGCAACUUUGGUCUUUGGACCUCAGUAACAAUCAGAUUUGCAUAUUGAACUCUCUGUCACGCUAUCUGGCACUUGGAACAGUCAUCCUGUCUAACAAUAACCUCAAAUGGAUUGAUCUAGAAAAAAUCAGACAUGCACACUUUCUUAGUAUUAGUCUCCAUGGCAACCCCUGUCUGGAUUCAGAUCCCUACUAUCGCAUUCAUGCUAUUGAUUGUCUACCACUAAUAUGGGAACUGGAUGGCCGUUUAGUUACUGUGACUGAACGGCUUCAUGUUAAACAGUUCUUUAUUGAUUCAGAAUUAACAGAACAUCCUGUGCGCCACAAAAUGGGAAGAACUUUCCGCACCACAGCAGUAAAAAACAUUGGAAUUUUAGGUGUUGUGAGUAAACAGUGUAAAUACAUCUAUUCUAAGUUUCCUUUGUCAGAAACACAUACAAAACAUACUGAUGAGCGCAGGCUGCGUUACCUGACCCGAAUGGUCCAGGAAGAUAUUCUACGCUGGGUGUCGCAUGGGGAAAACAAGUCUGUGGAUUCAAGAUCAUCCCUACAGUCAAUGUUCCCGAACCAUUUCCUGGAAAAACUUAUGGAAGCCAGAAAAGCUGAUGUAGAAAGGUGUAACAUGCUGCUGCUCCUGUUGGUGAUCUCUUUGGAUUUCCAGCUUCCGACUUCACUGCUCAAAUCUGUUUUGUCUGCAGUUGACUUGGACCCUUUUGGAUCUGUCAGCAUUUUACCAUAUUUUCUACUGCCCCCAAGUCACCGGACCCGCGUCAUCUGCAUCUUGUUGAAUGCCGCAAAAGUUGAUCGUGAUAACAAUGCUCACCUGAUUGGUGGACUCUACCCACAACUGUUUAUGUGUAUCUACUUUGCUGUUUCCCAGUUGACCAAAAUAAGCCAGACUUCAGAGGCCAACAUGCAUAAAAUCAAAUCUAUUUCUUUACAUGCUGAUUGUAAGGCUCUUAUGGCUGGGGAAAUUGUAUCCCUGAUGUUGCAAGUUCCGAGGUUCCUUACUUACCUUCAAACAGACGAAGGUGUGUAUAACCUUGUGGUCUGUGCUGCUGGCAGUGAGGAUCUGGUUGAUGAAUGGCAGGAGGAGCUGAUCAAGGCAGAAAAUAUUUUUAACAAAGUGCCCAUGCGUAAAGUCCACUCCACGGUAACUGAGAACAUUCUCGCGGCUGUCCACACCAGACUGGACAAGAUUGAUGUCAAAAUGUCUGACAUUCCUGUUGGUGACAGAUACCUGGCAUUGUCAGACUCGCUUCCCUUGAAACCAACCCACUCGGUGAUCUGGGCCUCCCAGUUCCUCACUAAAGGCCAGCCCAUCCCAAAGCUGGAGCCUCCCAUUCUCAACCCGGCCAGAGAGGCAGCUAAAGAGAAACCCCAGCAACCAAAACUUGGGGAUAAAGUCUUGUUAAGCCCACAGGUGGUUGGUGAAAUCAGCAUGCUGUUGGCUGGGGAGAUAGCUCUGGUCAAAAUAGAUGGGGUCCCAGUGUCCACUGGCGGUAUUGUCAACAAGUUUAAAAACAGUGAAGCCCACUACAGCUAUGUUGACAUGAGGGCUAUGUGCUUCUCAAGGGACAUUGGCAUGUGGAAACCAAUCAAAACAGAUGGCAAUAAAUUUACCCUCCACUCUGCUGUGAGUAAAGGGAAGAAUGGAGCCAAUGAAAACUUACUCAUGCUUCUCCCAACUGAGGCCAAACUUUCUCAUACGGGAGGGAGUUUCCUGACCAAGAGGGCCAUGUCUGCUGGGCCGCUCAACAAAAGAGCCUUGUCAUCUGAGUCACUCAACAAGAACAAACACAAUGUGAACAGAAGUAUGAGCCAAACGUAUGAAGACGUACAUCCAGGAGCCCCGCUGUUUGAGACUGACCACUCUGUUUUCAUCACCGACCUGUCCCGAUAUAAAUUUGACCAUUACGCUCAUGAUGGCGCUGUCGUUGUUCCCAACCCCAGUCAGUACCUGGGCCUGGAAGGCAAAGCUAGCCAGAGAUCUUUAUCAGCGGUGCCAUUUCCUGACUCUGUGGAUCAGACAGGCAGGAGCGAUGGUUCAGCUAGACAAGAGAACCUGGACCAACAUGGAUCUGACCUGCACGUCCCCAACUUAAUGAGUGAGGUCACACCCGGGGCAAAGUCUGUGAUCCAACUCCCACACCAUACAGUACCCCAGGCCACGGAAGGUCUAGAGCAGCUGACCCCAACAUCUGAGCCGGGAAUGGAACAAUUGACCCCUGUAUCUGAGCAGGGAAUGGAACAAUUGACCCCUGUAUCUGAGCAGGGAAUGGAACAAUUGACCCCUGUAUCUGAGCAACAAAUGGACAUCUCGAGCCCAUCUCAACAGAUAAUAGACAAGCCUGACCCAGUGUCUCAACACAAAACAGAUCAGUUGACCCGUAAAUCUGAACAAAACAUGGACACAGUGAACUCACUAUCUGAAGAAAAAGUGGAUAAGAUGACCCUAACAUCCGAACAGGCUGCGAAAAAUGUUUCGGGGGUCACACCAAAGAAAGGAAGAUUCACAAACGGGUUCCUAACCUCAGACGCCGCUGAGAAAAAAAGCAUCACGUUUCAAGACAUCAAACUGAAGGAGGCGGGUCUUGUGGAACCUUCUAGUGUUAUCAGGACUAGGACAGCUCUAAAAAGUGCCUCAGAAAGACAACUCUUCCAUGAGCAGCAGUUUGAGAAGUUCAGACGCCAGAGGCCAUACACUGCCAUUGGUCAUCAGAGAGCCAUUGGGUGUGGUCAACAAACAGCAGGGAAUCAAACUCUUGGCAGUGCAAUGAAGGCUCCACCUCCACAGCGUCCAUCGUCACCUACAGCAUCAGAGGAACCAAAGCGGAGACCUGUGAAAAUAGCCCACGCAGGGCAGUGGUUGGGGGGUGGGCGCGACCUGUUCUGGGAGGAAGUCAGGAAAAGGCCAAAAUCUGGACACGUACCUGGAUGGAAGGAAGGUCUGCCUAAGAGCAUGACCAAGCCCAGGCCUAAGUCGGCACUAGUCGCUUAUGUCCGGCCGGAUCAGCAUGGCCCAAGUUAUCCACUGGAUGGAUCCAUGUACUCCGAAGAUUUCCAGACAUUAGAAGACCAGUACAAGCUGGCGUAUUGGUCCGUUCAGCCACUUCACACAUGUAGCCAGGUUUUUAGCUCCAGACCUGAUGCAGACACGGACAGAAUGUCUGGUCUAAGUGUUCAUGGGUUCCCAUUGCUUACAGCAGAUGAGGACACGAAUGGUGUAGGUGAAUUUUAUACUGCUGACAAGCUGAAAGGAAGUAAACUUUUUUCUAAAAGAUCAGCUUCCCCAAGGGGGAUAAGUUCAAAAGAAUUAACAAUCAGGCACACGAAUGAGAGAAGGGUAGGAUAUACCAGUGACUACGACAGGAACUUUCAAACCGCAGGAAAUGACAGCCAACCAGGACAGGCUGUUGUGCCGUACUCUGUUGCACCUGAUCCAGCUGAUGCACAAAUUGUUGCAGACAGAUCUACGCCAGAUAAAGAUCAUGGACCAUACAAUAAUGUACCACAAAAUUUUGUACCAGAAGCACCUGGAAAUAAAGUUGAGUCCGUCCAGAUGAGGCAGGAAGGGAAUGAAAUAAUCCAUGUCAGUAUUGAGUCGAGGAGUUUAACAAAAUUUGUUUAACAAAACUAAUCUUGUCAGUGUAUACCUAAAAGAUAAACUUUCAGUUUCUCAGUUAGUAAAUUAGACAUGUUACCUCUUUAAAAUACUAAAUAACAACUUGGCUGUUACACAUUGUUUAAAAAAAAUUGCCAUUCCACAUCUAAAAAAAAAUCUUGACAUUUCCUGGUUACAUUUGAAAACUUUCCUGCACAUGGAAAAAAAUCUGGACUCAAGUUGAUAGUUUGUCAUAGAAUAGGACCCAUCAAAUAGGGUAGUGUGUAUACAAAAUCUGGCAUAUAGACUGUUUUUUUUACAGACUGCAUGAUAUAGUAGGGGCUAGGCAUUCUAGAAGCUAGGCAUUCUAUGAGCUAGGUUUAUUUUUUAUUGUAGGAGCUACCCCUAUUUAUACUUUUAAUUAAAAAUUUUUUUUCAUUCAAAUAAAUUCUUGUUGUAAAGAAUGAUUAGGUCUACAGUCUACAAUACAGUGUUAGCAUGUUAUUGCAACCUUUCAUAACUUGCUAGGCUCUAUGUUUAAGUGAAAUUUAGUUAUAUUUCAACAACAGUUGUUAUAUUUUUGAAUAAAAAUAUUGAUCUCAUUAUGUUUUGAAUAUAUUCUAGCAACUAAAAUAAACAUUGGCAAUGUAAUAAAAACUUAAAACUUUGGUAACUUAACAUUCUAAAAAAACAUUACUGAAAAUAAUCAGUUCACAUAGGUAUAGGAUAAUGUAGACACGUAAGAUAUUGUAGCAUACUUUGUUAUAUGCUGUAGAAGAUUAUUUUAUGUUGUAGUUGUGUUAUUUAAAGGAGUUUUGGUGUUGGGAAUCUGGUCACUUGGAUGUGCCAAAAUUUUAUAUAUUUUUUCAUUUCACUCGAAUGGGCUACAAUUUUAGUAUUAUAUACGUCUCUUGAAUAUGCUACAAUUUUAUUAUUAUUUGGGUUAAUUGAAUGUGGUGCUAUUAUAAAUGAUUUUGGUAUCUUGAAUCAUGAAUGUGCUUCAAUUUUAACAUGACUUUGGUAUCUUGCUACAAAUUCAAUAUGAUUUUGAUAUGUUCAAAAUGCUACAAUUGUAUUAUUAUUUUGGUUACUUCAUUAUGCUACAAUUUUAAUAUGACUCGGUGCUCUCAAUGGUAAUCUGUAAACGAUAUCAUGCAUAUGGAUUGGGGAGGGGGGGGCGGAGCUUAAGCUUGGCUAAAACUGCAGAUAAUCGAACAUGGAUGACCCCUAAUUUAAACUAUUAAAUAUGAUGUGUUACCUAUAGGCAUUCUACUGGCCUCUGUGAUAUAUUUCCUUCAAAACGUCUCAGACAUGUUGAACAAUACAUUGUUACCUAUAAGUAUUGUACCAGCUUUUGUAAUAUUUAUCUUUCGAAAAGUCUCAGAUAUGUUGACCGAUGCAUUGUUUUGAUGCAAAGGAAGAUUUUUAUAUAGCUUUUACACCUAUUGUAAAGAAUAUAUUUUUAUAAAUAUUUU